AUGAGUAAUCAAAGAAAUCCAGAGAGUCAGCGUGGUUCGGUUGAAAUAGACUCUGUAUCCAUCAAUUCUAGUCCAUCUGGCACAAGAGAAGAAGAUAAUGACUUAGCUGACGAGGAAUCUCAAACAGUUGAAUCGAAUGACUCAAAUAUUAAACAGAAAUCAUGGAGAAACGUUCUCUUCUUAAGUUUCACUUCAUUAGGUGGGAUCUACGGAGACCUUGGUACAUCUCCCUUGUAUGUUUUGAAUUCAAUUGAAUAUGCAAAUUCUCCUCCAAGUCAAAGUGAUAUUUAUGGAGCUAUAUCAUUAAUUUUUUACGUUUUCACGUUUAUUGUUAUCUUGAAGUAUGUUAUGAUAGUAUUGUUCAUCGGUCCUAACAAUGGUGAAGGUGGCCAAGUUGCUAUUUAUGCAAAGAUUGCCAGAGCUUUAAAGAUAGGUCCGAAGGGAGUUACUAUACCAGGAACUACAGAAACGUCUGAUUUAGAACUAUUGUCGAGACAAGAGACAUCUAGAAGCUUCAUUUGA